AUGAUCGAUGAAGGUUUAAUCGCACAACAUUCAGGAGAAAGGCCCAGAGAAGCGAGAAAAUACUACGAGUUUCACGCUGAUGAGAGCCAUGACAUCCAAGAAUGUAAUAAGUUCAAGUCCAUAGUGCAAAAUCUGAUGGACAAUAAAGAGAUGGAAUUUUAUGAAGAAAUUAAAGGAUCAGAAGAAGGGGAGGUUUACGCCUCAGAAGAGGGAACAACAGAAGGGGUUCAAAAAGUUAAUCACCUUGUAGUGAUCAUUUCGCGACCAAGGAAAAAUGAAGCAGGAAUACAAAUGGCGCCGAGAGUCAUAAUUCAAAAACCUGUAUCCUUUCCCUACAAUGAUAGCAAAAGGGUUCCCUGGAACUAUGACUGCAAUGUGACAAUCCCAGGAGAGGAGAAUCCGGUUAGUGUUUCAGAGGAAAGCCAAGAUGUAGGUUUCUAUACACGUAGUGGAAGACGUUAUGAUCCUUUGGGUACAAGAAUCGAAAUUUUCAAAGAAAAGGCUUCAAUAGUCGAGCAGAGAAAAAAGAAAACGGUCAAGCUCGAAUUACCAAUUAACGAGCCAAUGACUGAACAAGAGGCUAGAGAAUUCUUGAAAUUCUUGAAGUACAGUGAAUACAGCAUGGUAGAACAGCUACAUAAGCAGCCAGCUCUUAUCUUAGUGCUAGCCUUACUCUUGAGCUUCGAGACACAUCGGAGCGCGUUAAUGAAAGUGCUAAACGAAACUUAUGUCGCGGAAGACAUAUUUAUCAACAAGCUGGACCGUUUGGUCAACAACAUCAGUGCCGAUAAUUUUAUUUUCUUUAAUGAUGACGAAAUACCACCAGGAGGAAUGGGAUCCACAAAGGCUCUACAUAUCACCACUCACUGUAAGGGAUAUACAUUGCCGGGAGUAUUAAUUGAUAAUGGAUCGGCACUAAAUGUCCUGCCCCUAUCCACACUGAAUAGGCUGCUAGUGGAUAGUUCCCAUAUGAAAACAUGCCAAAACGUAGUGAGGGUAUUUGAUGGCACUGAAAGGAAAGUAAUAGGGAGGAUUGAAAUACCCCUUCUGAUCAAUCCAAGCAUGUACGAGGUAGAUUUCUUGGUAAUGGACAUCAAGCCCUUAUACAAUUGCUUAUUGGGAAGGCCAUGGAUUCACUCAGCGGGAGCAGUGCUGUCAUCGUUACAUCAAAAGCUCAAAUUUAUAACGGAAGGCCGAUUGGUGACCAUAAACGCGGAAAAAGAUAUUAUUGCAUCCGUUAACAAUGAUGCACCAUAUGUGGGGACAGAUGACGAAGCCAUAGAAUAUUCUUUUCGGUUAUUAGAAUUUGUAAAUGCGACCUUUAUUGUCGAAGGAAAUAAGGUCCCGACGCCUAAAAUCUCUAAAACUACAAUGAUGGGCCUACAACUAACAGUUGGGAAAGGAGCUUUACCCGGGAGAGGGCUUGGAAGAAGCCUACAAGGAAGGUUAACAAGAAAGGAGAAGAGUGCGUUUAAGCAGGGAAGAGGUUAA